GCUGCCUCGGAGCUCUCCGGUAACAGAGACAGUCGACGGCAACUGACUCACACCGCAGCGCAUCUGAGCCUCCACCUGACCUGCAGCCUGACAGCAGGAGGGCAGAGGAGGAGCACAUGAAGGAACUUCCUCCCGCUGCUUCAUUAGUAUUAUUUUUAUUCUUGUGUGUGUUGCUGCGCAGUGGGGGGGAUGUGGAGGGAUUGACAGACAGCGCUCCGCUCCUCUUCCAACUCAGGGCAUCGGCUCGCAUGUCACCGGUCCGCAGACAGCAGGUGGCGGGUGAGUUGACGCACAUGUGAGCGCGCUGGGACGGGACUCUUUCAAACCAACUGCGGUGGAGACAAACUUGGCUUCUACCAGCAGCGGAUCUUCUAUUUCUCCAUCCUUAGUUCUGCCAAAACAUCAUCCGACCCGCUUUUCUCUCCCCCCCACCACCUCCUCCUCCUCCACCUCCUCCUCCUCCUCCUCCAAGCAUCUUCACUUGAGAGAACAGUCAGCGAGGAGACGAGACUACAGCCUGCCUGCGGUCAGAAAGGAAUCAGAAUAACAGUUUGGUGAGCGGCAGCAGAGGAUUGGACCCGCACAAGGAUGCUACUCCCGCACAGACACAACUAGACGCUCCGACCAGCCGCUGCCAACAUGUUCAGGCGAGGUUAUGGUGGGGUGGAGUUACUCUUGGUGCUGUGUGGCCUGGAUCUCUCCCUGCCCUGCCCCCGACACUGCAUCUGCUACACUUCACCUAGCACCGUCUCCUGCCAAGCCCACAACUUCCAUGCCGUGCCCGAGGGCAUCCCGGCUCAGAGCGAGCGCGUCUUCCUGCAGAACAACAAGAUCCAGCGGCUGCUCCGUGGCCACUUCUCACCCACCACCACCAUGUUGUGGCUUUACUCCAACAACAUCUCCUACAUACAGCCGUCCACCUUCCACGGCUUUGAUCGCCUGGAGGAGCUCGACCUUGGGGACAACCGGCACCUGAACGCCAUCGCCUCAGACACCUUCAUGGGUCUGGGUAGGCUACACGCCCUGCACCUCUACCACUGUGGCCUGAUCAGCCUGCCUCCAGGGAUCUUUUCAGGCCUCCAUAAUCUUCAGUAUCUCUACCUACAGGACAACCAGUUAGAGUUCCUGGAGGACGAUCUGUUCAUCGACUUACUGAACCUCAGUCAUCUCUUCCUGCAUGGCAAUCGAUUAUGGAGCCUUCGACAGAACACUUUCCGUGGUCUGGGGGUGUUGGACCGUCUGCUUCUCCACCAGAAUCGAAUCCAGUGGGUUGAUCGGCAGGCUUUCCACGACCUGCGACGCCUCACCACCCUUUAUCUGUUCAAUAACUCCCUGACUGAGCUAUCUGGUGGCAGCUUGACGCUCCUGCCUGCCCUGGAGUACCUACGACUUAACGACAACCCCUGGGAGUGUGACUGCAAGGCCCUGUCACUUUGGGAUUGGCUGCGGAGGUUCAGAGGCUCCACCUCCUCACUGGUUUGUGUUUCUCCCCCAGAGCUGGCAGGAAAGGACCUGAAGACGGUGAAGAAAGAGGAGCUGCCCAGUUGUGAGGGUCACGCACGUGGCGGCCAAGGUCGGGAGAUGGAGCACGGAGAGUCUUUGAAUCACCUGAAUCGGCACAGAAACCAUCACAACCACCAUCAGCGGCCGUACUUGCCUCACGGGGACCAGUACAGCUUGCCGUCACCCUCGCCCCUGCCUCGGCCACCUAAGGGAGGCCGCAGAAACUGUACCCGCCGGGGCCGCAAGGCCAAAGGGGGGCUCAAUGAGGUACAGGUACUGCGGGAGGAUGGGGAGAAGGACUAUGCUCCAGACGGAGGUAAAUAUGACCUGUCUGGAUCUGGAAGGAGGAAGAACAAGUGCAUCCCCAGAACUUCUGUUGGCCCACCAAGCGGGGUCCAGAGAGCCAAUAAUAAAGCAGGGUCACACCUCGCUGAUUAUCUCUUCUGUUUACCGUCAGCCCUUCUGAUGUCACUGAUCUCUGUGAUCGUACGCUGAGACAGAAAAUGUGCAGGAAAUGAGACUUUUGUGCUGGUGAUGCAACCUUAUGAUUCAUUCUCCUGAACCACCCUGACCUGGCUCUUUAAACGAGGCAUGUGUGCAUAACUGUGUGUGUGUACAUGACUGUGUAUAAACAACUAUCAAAUAUCUACUGUUGAAGCGUCCCUGCGGUAUUAAGGCAGGAAUCUUUAACGAGUCAUAAUCUAAACAUGGACGUCAGGGAAAACAAUUCAGCCCACAGCUUUGAUGAUGUCACCAGGGGAUCAACAGGAAAACUUUACAUUCGUCUCGGUGGCAUCGACUGCUUAACUGAAUUCAUGUGCUUAUAAAAACUGUACAGCCACAUAGAAUAACAAGCCAGUCAAUCAUUGCGAUGAUAGCGAGGAGAGUGUUUGAUAUGGAUCGAGCAGUUCAAGGCUCAGUCUCUAUGUUUAGCCCCUUUGACAUGACAUCGCUCUCUCGCCGCAUCCUUCCAUCUGUCAUUCAUGCUGAGACAAAGGCAGUCACUCAACAGCACCUUAAGAUCAAAAACACGAAACACUGCAGAGUGAAGUGGCAGUAAAAUGAGCCAUCGUUUCAGCAGUAAUAACUAUAAUCACCACACAUUCACCAAUGAAGUGGUUUUUUUUACUUACAUGUCCUCACAGGAAAGGUGAACCCACUUCAAUGCACAUCUGUGUCUUUUCAGUCGAAACUCUAAAAAAAAAAAAAAAAAAGGCACCACCGGAGUUGUGACACGUCUGUGUAACUGAUAAGUCCUCAGAUAGUCCUGCUGAAAGGUGUCUGCUGUCCUUGCUGUCCAUCGAUUUAAAAGCCAUUCAGAAAUAACCAAUCAUAAGGGCCAACCAGUCACAGUCGGUGUAAAUGAGCAGGUGAGUGAAUGAGUUUCUGUGUUACUGUUUGUAAGAGUGUGUCUCAACCAGAAAGAAGAAGGAAAAAAAAAACAAAAAAAAAAAAAACUAAAGCCAUGCGGGUAGAACGACACUAGAUAGCAAGAGUGCCUAAUGCGAGCCAGAUGAUGGAGGUACGGUUUGGCUUCAUUCACACUUGGACCUCACUGGCUACACAACAGAGGCCUCAAAAAGCCUGAAGGGUCGACUCACGCAGGCCAAGGAAAAGCCGGGACCCAACUGUCUGACUCCCAGAAAACUGUUAUGCACUUUUUUUUUUUUUUCUGGGUAACGGAAAGAAAAUAUACCCUUCAAGCAGGGAUGAGUCAAUCCAAGUCGUCACAGGAGGGUUUCGCAUACUGGAAGGAGUACAGAUGACCACCACAACACCACAAUGUGGGAUAUAUUUAUAUCUCCUGCGAUGGUUUAAUGAACUGCUGAACCUGGAAAACAGAAGCAGCUCAGAAUCUGUGAUGAUCAUCACAGGGCAAAGGGACUGACGAACUGCGACUGAGUUUCUUUCUCUGUCCUCUCUGGUGUGUUUAGUGCGCUCCAAAACAGCUGGACUUGACACUCUGUAAGCCCUGAUUGGAGAGUUGGAUUUUUAAUGCUGCUACGACUGAGAGGAGCCCUUUCCGAGGCUUUCUUCUGCAGGAAAUAACAAGGACAAAGAGGACUAUGGGAUACAGUGCCCUGAAUGAACUGGAGCGGUUCAAGCACACACACACACACACACACACACACACACACACCCCUAAUAAAGCCCGAUCACCUUCACAGCCUUCCUGGCCUCACUGCAAACAGAUAACCCCUGUCAGAUCCCAGAGCAGAGCACCACGGACGCUGUAUAGGUGUUCAGUCAUUCACCCAAAGUCUCAAGUGCUCAAUUACAAGAAGUGAAACCUGUACAGAUGCACACGGGUCGUCCGGGUACCUUAACGAGCCAGUAAUGCUAAAAAAAAUGUAAAAAAAAAAAAAAAAAGCCUCUUCAUUUGUUAAAGCAUUACAGAGUUAUGAAGAGUUAAAAAAGGAGCUGCCCCUGUAUGCAAAGGACCUAGCUAAGAAGCUACAAAUGCUGACAAAAGCACAACAAAUUAUUUGUUUGGUUUGCUGACGACUUACUGAUGUGUGGGUCGGAUGGGAAUCUGAGUGCGAGGGGGGGGCGACAUUUGUUCCCCGCCGGCGUGCGCUUCCUGCCGAGCCCCGCCUUUUUUUCGUGUCUAUCUAUCUAAAUGUUGGGGGACGAACAGGAAGCCCGUCGCUGGUGUCGUUCUCCCGACAUGUAGGAUUAUAGAGACCCCCUACUGGUGAACUUGUUUGUGCUGCUGUGAACCCAGAGGUGAUGUAAAUUGUGUCUGUUUAUUCCUGUGAGGAUGACUUUGUUUUGUAAAAUAAUCCAAAAAAAAAAAAAAAAAAAAAAAAAAAA